UGAAGUGUUUGCUUCUCGCUGUAUAGCACAUGUUCCUCUACUGGACGCACGAUCGCCGUGUGUAGUCGUCACCGGCAAAGUUACAUGCGUCGCACGUGCUCGUGAAACAUUGUGGUAAUGGGCAAAAGGGUGCGAGUAAGCAGUUCAAGUGAAGAACCAUGUGCGAAGUUAAGGUAUUUAAUUCACAAAGUAAAGUUUUUCAAGCCAGCACCGAAGGCUAUCACUGUUAUGGCCUAUGACCAUGUGGUUGAAAAGCUCGCUGUAGUGAGGUCUGACUUUUCUAUAGAGAUUUGGAACUUCAAGUUCACUCCAUGUGUGGAAGGGGUUAUACUUGGCAACCCAAACAAUUCUGUGGAAGCAGCUGCUUGGCACAAUGGGCGGUUAUUCACCACAGGCCUGCAUGGUCGUAUUGUAGAAUAUGAUCUUGUCUGUUUUGAGCAAAAGUACUCCGUUGCAGUAACAUCAGGGGCAGCCUGGUGCUUAGCUGAGGAUCGUCAGAAAACAAGACUUGCCGCUGGUACAGAAGACGGCCGUGUGUGUAUUUAUGAGGUGACAGAAGAUGGCCUUAACUUCCACAAAAUGUUAAACAAGCAAGAAAACCGUAUAAUGUGUUUAGCUUGGAGCAAGGAUGGGAACAUCAUAGUUUCUGGGUCACCGGGUGCUAUUGUCAUCUGGGAUGUCAACACGGGCCGAGCGGUGGAUCGAAUUUCGGUUGGAAGGAUUGAGAAAAACCAGGAAGUACUGGUGUUGUGCCUGGCGGUUACAAGUGACUUCACAAUCAUCACCGGAGACUCAUGUGGAAGGACUUCAUUCUGGGAUGGACAAACUGCAACAUUAAUAUCUAGCUUUAGAGCACACAAUGCUGAUGUUCUGGCACUUUGUUUGAGUGAGGGCGAAAAGGAUGUUUUUGUAGCUGGUGUGGACCCACUACUUGUGAAGUUCACUAGGAUAGGUCACACGCAGAAGUGGGCCAAGUCAAUGCAGAAAACAUGUCACAAGCUAGAUGUUAAAGCACUUGCUUUGGCCAAAGGACAACUCCUGUCUGGAGGGUGUGACACUUCCUUGGCUGUGUCAACAGAGACAUCACUUGUGACACAUUGUCCAUUCCAGUUCUCAUCAGUACAAGUGGCAGCAUCAAGUGGCUGUAUCCUACUCAACUAUGGCGAGCACUUGGAGCUGUGGCGCCUCGACUGCACCACAAGUAAAGAAGGACCCUGCAAGACCUCGACGCCCUGUUCAAAACCUGAGCUGCUCGUUCGAGUGAAGGCACGGAAUGGGGCUACCUACCACACAGCAGCUGUGUCGCAUGACCACUGCUGGUUGGCUUGCUCAGAUGCAGGCAAAGCGCGGCUCUAUCAAAUUAGCGAGGUUAAUGGGUCUAGUCUCGACUGCAACAAGGUCUCCACCUUUAAUGAACAGAUGGGCCCUGCCAAGAAACUGAUGUUCAGUCCUGAUGGCUCAUAUUUGGUGGCAUUGAGUUCUCACGGAAGUGUCCAUGUGUUCAGCUUGCCACCCAGACUCCUCUACACUCUUCCAUCCAGAGCAGGUGGCACAAUGUACCCUCACAUGGUUUGUGUGUCACUUAAACAUCUUGCUGUUGCUGACAAUGAAGGUAUACACAUCUAUGACCUGAAGACUUCUGAGGUUCUUUGCAAUCUUUCUGAAGCUCCAUGCCUGCCUACAGCUAUGAGGUUCAACCCAAAGUCUGGCGACCUAUUGGUCAUUUACAGCAACAACCAGGUUGUAGAAUAUGAUGUUAACAGCGAAUCAUCAAACCAGUGGUGUCAAGUUGCAUAUCAACACGGUGGGCUGACAUUGGAAACAACAAAACCAUUGACAGGCAUUGCAUUCGACUCCAGGAAUGCAGACAUUUUCUUUGCCUACAGUGACCAGGAGCUGCUUAUUGUUGAUAAGGCAAAGGCUCUCAGAAAAGGCAUCAGAAGUAAUGCUGUGCGAAAGAAAAAGUUCCAGUGGCUGACACUGUUUGAUCAGGUACAAGAUGAGAUGCUGGUUGUAGAAGUGCCUCCAGAACAGCUUGAAGGCUUGCCACCACCGCUCUGGAAGAAGAAAUACGGCACUUGAGCAGCAUGUGAAGAUUAUUUGUUGAAACAUUGUUAAUGUAAAUAAAGAAGCAUGACAAGAUAA